AUGCCGUUGGAUAGCGCGCCGCCGCGACCGAGUCUCUCGCUUCAAUGGGGAACAGGAGCUGCUGAGCUGAGUGAGGAUGCCGAAUGGUUCCUCGAACCAGCACAGUUCGUGGCGACCUUUGGCAAAGGGAACUAUACAGCUGUGACGGAUGGACAACUUCGCACCAAGUCAGGAAAGACAACCAGUGCGAUUGUUGAGGUGAAAGCAGGACCUCGCAUUGGUUGUUCAGGGAGCAAGAAGUUGUGA